AUGGAUGGCCAAAAGCCCCGUGCUGACCAAGACUCGCCCUCGCCGCCCGCCCGCGAACCCACCGCCGACCACGACUGUGGCCUCGUCCACGGCUUUCUCUCGCGCCUGUUCCAGGAUCGCUUCCUCGCCAGCAGCCCCGCCGCCGCCGCCGCCCCACCACCGGCGAACAAUCUCGUCCCCUUCUUCUCCGCCGCCAGCGUCUUCGCCUCGCCCCAAGCCCACGCCCACGCCCACGCCCGCGCCCACGCCCACGCCCACGCCCGCGCCCCCGCCGCCCUCGCAGCCCCCGUGACCGGUCGCAGCAGCCCCCCGGCCCCGGCUGCCCCAAUGCAGCGCACCCACCAUGUCGUCUUCUGCGUCGAGGACACGGUCGGCCUCAGGGACGACAAGUACACCGUCGGCGUCGUCGACCGCUCCUUCACCGACGUCGACACGCACGAGCCCCGCCCCCAGCGCGACUACGGCGAGGACAUCGAGCGCCACCCCGACGUGCCCCUCGCCGAGUUCCACAAAUUCAUGAAGACGGGCAUCCCGCCCCGCGGCACCGUCCUGGUCUCGUGGCAGACGCAGCUCAGGACCGAGCUCAUCCCAGAGGCCGCCCUGCAGCUGCUCGACCGCGCCCUGUAUGUCGGCGAUGUCGUCAAGCGCCGCGCCGAGGACCACAUGAGCGGCACCGUCAUCGGCACAACCGCCGUCUGCACCCUGUUCCCCGCCUCGCUCUUCCACAGCGGCCACAUCACGCAGGCCACCACCGACGACCUCUCCAUCCGCAACGUGCCCGCCAACGAGCUCCUCAACGUCCACGAAUACGUCCAAGGCGCCAUCGUCGUCUACCGCGACUGGGUCGGCCGCAUCGAGAACGUCUACGACCAGGUCGCCAUCAAGCUGUCCAACAACUCGGUCGUCGUCGUCGAGGACCCGGCCGAGCUCGAGCACGACGAGGUCACCGUGGCCGUCGAGCGCCUCAGCGUCGGCGACACCGUAAAGACCAAAAAGGGCAAUCUGCGCCGAGGCCUGUGGAGAUACGGCGCCUUCGACCCCAACGUCAAGCCCGAGGGCAUCGUCGUCGAGACAAGACCGAUCGAAGUCGACGUGCAGUGGUUGGCGAGGAGCAUCGCCGCCACAGACACCCAGUACGCCGCCGAAGAGCCACCGGCCAACCUGGGCCGAGACGAGUUGGAGAGCGCCAGCUUCUACCGAUACGAUGCCUCGGCUGGCGCCGCCUCCACCCUUCCCCUCUCGCCCAACGGCACAGAUCGCGCCUACCAUGUCGCCGACGUAGCCGUCGGCGACCGUGUGCGCUUCAAGGAUCUUUCGGCCGCCGCGCUCAAGUACGACGGCACCCACACCCUACCCAACGGCUACCCCCAGGGCAAGCUCACCCGCUUACCCCGCACCGACACGCUCGGAUACGACAUGAACGUCUUCCUCGUCAUGCAGACCCACACACGGGUGACGGUGCAGUGGCAAGACCUGACCAUCACCGAAGACGUGAGCUCGUCACUCAUACCGGAUCCGAAUGUCGAGGACGACGACGAGGUCUGGCCGGCAGAGGUCAUCUGCAGCAAGGAGGACAAGGCUGCUGCCUCUGAUGUCGGCCAGUGGAUGAAGGAGCCGCUGAAGGUGGGCAUUGUCCAGGCAGUCAAGUCACGCGACCGGAUAGCCAGCGUCCGCUGGUUCAAAAACCACGACAUCAAGUUCUUCGGCGCCGACCUGCUGCGGCCUGCAACCACGGGUGAGCUGUCCGAGACGGCAGAGGACGUCAGCCUGUACGACAUAUAUUCCUCCCCUGCCCUGACACGACGACGAGGCGACUUCGUCCUGAUCCAUCCCUCCGGCGUGCAGGGGGACCUCUCCCAUGUCAGCGGGCCCGAUUGGUUUGGUGAGGUCGUUGAUCUCGGCCUCGACGGCAGAGUCACAGUCCGCCUCGGCGCUGCGAAGCCCGUCACCGACAUUCGAGUCGUGUAUGAAAAGGUCACGCUGGCGUACAGCAGCGACAUGGAUAACGAAUUCCUCAACACGCAGGAGCUGGAUGGCGACUCCAUCGAAGAUUCCGAGGAAGACAUGUCUGACUUUGACUCGGCCUCUUUCAACGAGAUGUGGAUCGAGUACGAAGGCAUGGAGGGCGAGCCACCGGUGGGAGACGAGGCGGACUGGUCGACCGAGGAUGAGGAAGAGGCAGAAGAAGAGGACGACGACGACGACGACACGUCCAUGCCUGAUCUCGAACCGACAGACGGCGUGGACACGUCCAAAACAACGCCAGACCCUGCAAACUCAGCCUCGACGGAUUCGACAAACGACGCUGCGGCGCGAGAGGAGACCACGGAAACGGUCACAGACGCACUGGCACCGUUCCUCAUCCUCGACACUCCCCCUCCAUCGAGCCACCACUACCUGCAAAACACAUCAGCCUCCUCAUCGGCGUUCAUGCGCCGCAUUGCGAAAGAACACAAGAUCUUGCGGAAUUCUCUACCGCCCAACAUCUUUGUCCGCACCUGGGACUCGCGUCUUGACCUCAUUCGAGUUCUCAUUAUUGGCCCAAGCGACACACCAUACGAGUACGCACCUUUUGUCAUCGACUUCCAUCUCGGCUCCUCGUACCCGCAAACACCGCCCGAAGCCUUCUUCCACAGCUGGACAAGCGGCAACGGUCCCGUCAACCCCAACCUGUACGAGGACGGGAAGAUCUGCCUUAGCCUGUUAGGCACGUGGCACACCGACGAGCGCAACGAGAGCUGGAGCCCAGCCAAAAGUACCCUUCUACAGGUCCUCGUGUCCAUCAUGGGCCUGGUGCUCGUCAAAGACCCCUACUACAACGAAGCCGGCUACGACGUUCAACGCGCCGCGCCCGAAACCCGACUCAGCUCCGCCCUCUACACGGAACGCGCAUACUUCCGCGCCCGCGCCUUCAUCACCCACGCCCUCAGCAACGAAGUCGCGCCUUUCACACAAGAACUGCAGUACCUGUACCGCAGCGACGCACCAGACGCGCCACGUCUGCUCGACAAAGCCAUUGAAGCUGCCAACGACGUCGUCCAGCGCAGCUCUGCCGCCGGCGAGGCAGGCGAGCGCGAUGGGCUGCGAACUGUGAGUCUCGGCGCUGUCGUUAUGCUGAAGCGACAGGUAGAAAAGCUAGAAGCGCUUAGACAGGGGAGUACGUCGACGUAG